CGUUAUGACGUUAUGCGACACUAUAAUCCACGACCGCUCGCACAGAGCAAGAUAUGGUUGGCCAUCGUGCAACUCGCCUUUCUGUUACCACGAGUGGAUGAUAUGUUUUCGCAAAACAGCAGCGAUAGGCACGCUCCAGCAUUUAUAACGCGGCGCUGUUUUAUCUACUUGAAGGAAAACGGCGAGCGCGAGUGCUCGGACAAACGCCGGCAGCGCGACCGCAACGCCCCUUCGCUCUUGCGAGCCCUGCCGCACGCCGUAGCGCGAACGCCAGCAAGGAGAGAACAAAUGCGCCGAGCGGACGGAAUGCCGCCGCAGCAGCCGCAGCCGCCGCGGCACGGCAGCGCGGUAGCCUCGGCGACGCUGACGUCACCGCAUCUGCCGCCGAACGGAAGACGGAGCCUCCCCGUCCGCGCCGCAGUGAACGCGAAGCGGGAGGGAGACGUGGAAAAACGCGGUUCGUUGGCCGCCAUUUUGCACGCGCGCCUGGCUGCUGUUCUCCGUCGUUUGAGUCGAGUCGCAGAAGCCAACUGCUUCAGCCAUCAGCACUGCAGUGUGCAACGGCGGCCACGCCACCUAAGGUCAGCGUUGUAGGCUGUGGCUGGCAGCUGUUAACUCUCAGCUAAAUUUGUUAGGGACGAAGAGAAAUCGUGCCUGCCAGACACAGCUCGUACGCGCCGCCCUCCCGUUUGUUCCCGUGGGGCAUGGGCCGUCGACGGGGUGUUGUUUACAGUCGCGGGAGAAGGGUUUGAAGUUGCAAGCGCGCAAGAGACAGCGUUCGGCGUUAUCACGCCGCUCUUUAAUGUUGCGUCAGUACUUCGUGAUACAUCCGCUCCGUGGAUGGUUUUCUUUUGGGCUUGUUCGGUUUUGUGACUUGUGGUUGUAUUCGGCACCUACUCGGCCUUCAUGUUGAUGGAGGAGUUCUCCUGGGACCGCUUCCUGGAGCUAGUGCAGCAGCGCCCGUACCUGUAUGACACCAAUCAACCAGAGUACAAAGACUCAACCCUCAAGGAUCGCCAGUGGGUGAAAAUAGGACAGCAGUUCGGACUAACAGGAUGGCAGGCGAAGAACAAGUGGAGGAACGCACGCGACCGCUACAUCAAGAUACGCGUCCAGAUGAAGCGCAGUGGUCGCAGGGUGUACGACAAAAUGGGCAUUCCCAUUCCGAACACUAAGUGGCAGUACUACAAGACGCUGGAUCGGAUGCUCAGGGACGCCAAGCAGCACGGACCGCUAUGCCAAAUGGACCCAAUGAUCAAGCCAAAGACAGAACCGACUGAAUACUUCUUCGAGUGCACGGACGCGCAAGAGGCGCCUGCUGGGGUGACACUAGAAAACAGCCAUGACGCAGACACUGUGGAUUUGCACCGGAUGGAUCGUCCCUCCUCUCCAGAACCCGGAGGCGCUUCAAAUCGGAGGGGGCGGCGACGAGACGUAGACGAUGAUGACGACGACAGCACGUUGCGCGGUGGUGAAGAAGCGUCGCUGCAGAAAAGCCUGGACGCCUGCAUCGGCCAGCUGGUGGCCAUGAACCGGUCGUCCUCGUCGGCACGGUCUCGACCGGACGCUUCCGGGGACGAAUGCCACUACCACGGCAUGUCGAUCGCGGCCCGGUUGCGUCGCCUCGAUGACGUCGCGCUGCCGCAGGUACUGCACCGCAUCAGCGCCGUCUUGGUGGAACAUGGCGUGUGACGAGUGAAAAGCUGUUAGAUGAACGCAGUGUUUGGUUGCGAUUUCAUGUGCCAAAGGGACAGCAUUUGUCAUCAGGGUGCGACCAGAGAUAGCGUCAGCGUCGCAAGUGGCAUGCCUGUGUGGAACCAUGAUGGAUGUGCUCUGGAGUGCUUGCUGUGUUCUAAAAUGUCUUUCGCUGCAUUCGUGCUAUCGUGAAGUAAUGACGUGGACCUAACACGUGUAUAUCACUAUGCCUGGAACAUCAGUAAAUAUGAUUAGUUUUUAUUAUUUCUGGUUCCUGCGCGAACACUGGUUGAUGCGUGUGACGAUUGCCUGUGAUGUUGCUUGAACGCUAAAGCCGCUCCCCAGAGCUACUCAGAAGUGCUGUAACGUAAAAAACAAACCUAAGUCUCGCUCUUUUCUAGAUGGCUGCUCUGAAUAUGUUAGACAACAUCAUAACGCUAACUUGAGUUGGCUGAAGUUGUAAGGAAUUCGUGUUUCUUUUUCUUUUUGUUUGCAUGCAUUUAACCUUUACAUAAACAAAUUCACCUUCGCUGCUGUUCUUAAUCAGAAAAUGUAAUCAACCUGUCAGCUCGCAGCAUGUAUAGUGCUCGUCUGAGUAUGCACACGGGACAUCUUACUUGAAUUGAUUUUAUGAUGAUAUUUGUGACAGCUGGCUGAAUAAAGACUGUGCCAAAGUA